UAGAAGAAGACAUUUAAGUAAGUAUAUUUUCAUUAACCUAUAUAAACCCUUAACCAUUAGAAUUGCCGCAAUCCAAUACCCCGUGUGAAAAUGCACUAUGCGCUUUCUGUUACUCCAAACUUUACACAAAUACUAUUCAGGAUAUUUUCAUUCUGUAACCAUGACCAUCCUUGCUUCAAUAUCAUAAACGAAUUAUUGCAGUUUUGCGUGCUUCGAUGUUUGUGGAAUUUUCUUUUUGUCGUUCUUCUCCUUUCUGAGCCAUUUCAUUUGUUGCUGUGUUUGAGCCUGAAGGCCGUAGCACGAAACGAUUGAGUUUUGCUCAAGUGUUCGACCUACCUUUUUGCCUCUCAUUCAUUUCACUGUUGUCUUCCAGGUCAUACAAUCACAGUUUACCAAGGCUCUUUCAAUCACACACAUAGGAUGACUAGCCAAUGUCUGUAUACUCUAACUCCCUGACUCUGUACAGAUAUCGACAGUCAAGAAGUGCGAUUACGCAAGUGCGACGAGAGGAAACAACGUACGAUCAGAAAAAUGCCUCCUCUGUCCCCCCUCUCAAUUGCAACCGCAGCGGUCCAGCGGCUAGUAAAGGAGGAAGCCUCAUAUCACCACGAACUAAAGCAGCAGGAGGAUCGCAUCAAACGUCUUGAGGCCGAGCAACCUGGUGAAGAUGUGGAUGGCAACCGGGAAUAUAUGCUUAAACAAGAGCGCCAAGCACUGGAAGAGACGAGAAAAGUCCUUCCAAAUAUGAAACAGAAAAUAUUAGAAAGUAUCGCUAAAGUUGACCAUUUGCUCGUUGAAGAAGGACAGAAAGGAAUGGGAAGCAACGUGGCCGAUAUCAAUGCAGCGAAGGAGGCUAUUUCACAGGCUAAGACAUCCAUCAGGGAGGUGUCGUGA